AAAAUUGUGAAAAAAAAAAUCUUUAAGAACCUUAUAAACUACCUAAUCUACCUAAUUUUUUUAGAAAUUGUUGUAAUGUAAUUAUUAUCUUCUGCCAUACCAAGAAUCGUGGUGUCAACUUGACUUAGCCAAAAAGGAGGGUUCAUGUUCAAAACCUAAUCUUUCAUUCAUUUCCGAACAGAAAAAUACAUCUUACGUCAAAAAUCAAAAAGGCUGUAUGAAUUCCUCACGCCAAAGUCCAAAAAAUAAAAAAAACUGUCAGUCACAAAUGUCAGUUCUUUACUGUCAAAAAUUAAUUGGAAUUUUGGUGAUUAGUAUUAAUCGAAAUGAAUUGGAUUUAAUCGUUUAGUGGAAAUCAGAGAACAAAAUGGAAAUAACAGUGGAAAGCCUACCGCUGCUGGGGGUCUGCAACCUGUGUUUGAACGAGGGGGCUGUGAAGAGUAUGCUCGCUUGCAGUUCGUCCGAUGUUCCAUCGUACGCGAAUAUAUUGUUAAAAUGUUUCAGUAUAGACAUAAGCCUGAUGGAGCUGGGAGACACGAAGCAGCUGGUGUGCGACUCUUGUGCCACGCGGUUACUGGAGAGCAUGGCGUUCAAGGACCAGGCUUUGCACUCUCUCCACAGUCUGGAAGACUCUGCCAAGAUGUUCAACGUGAAGAAUGAGAGCGUUGACUUGAACGACGAUGCCGGCAGCCCCGCGGACUUGGACCUCGACCCCGACGAUGAUGAUGAUGACAAAGCAUUGUCAAUCAUUGUUAAAAAGGAGCCCACUACAGAAGUGUUCAAGCCGCGCAAAACCAGAAAAAAAUUCAUCACCAUCACCGUAAAGAAGCCCAAAGACUUCAAAGAUAUCUCUGACACUGAAACUAUGCUUGCACAAGGUUUGUUCCCCUUUAAGAUACGAAAGAACAGGCUGUUUGCCUGCGCCAUAUGUCCUGAAACCCUCUCCAACCUUGAGGAUAUGAAGAAACACGUAUCACAACAUAAUAAGAAGAAUAUUCAUAUUGCUUUCAAAAAAAUGAUGUUCUCAAAUUCACAAAGAUUCUAUAAAAGCGCUACUCAGUUACGCUGCAAAAUCUGUACUACAGACUUAAAUAACUUCGAAGAAUUGAAUGCACAUGUUGAAAAUUGUACUAGACUUAAAUAUACCAAUGGGAAGUGGAGUAACUUACCAUUCAAACUAGAAAAGGAUCAGCUGGACUGUCCUGUUUGUAAGAAAACUUUUCUCAACUUUGUAAGCCUAAAUACUCAUAUGAACAUACAUUAUCCGAAUUAUAUCUGUGAGAAUUGUGGGAAAGCUUUCGCUUCGAAAGCUAGAUUAAGAGGACAUAUGAGGACUCAUGAAGUCGGUGAGUUUGCUUGUAAAUAUUGUGAUGCUGUCUUCGAUAGAGUCACUAAGCGAGAGAAUCAUGUGUCUAAAGAACAUAAAGCCGGAGUGCGGUAUGCUUGCAAGCGCUGCAAUAUAUCUCUAACAUCUUUCUACGCUCGACAGAAGCAUUUAGCUGAAAUUCACAACGAAGAGCUAAAGCGAUACAAAUGUAAAGCUUGCCCACAAAGCUAUAUUACUCCGGGACACUUAUCAAGUCAUGUCCGGAGAGAUCAUUUGAACGAACGGAACCAUAAAUGUGAUAAGUGUGACUUAGCUUUCUAUACUAAGAACGCUUUAAAAAUGCAUAUGAUUAAACAUGACGGAGAAAGGAUUCAUGUGUGUCAUAUAUGUCAAAAAUCCUAUCAAAGGAAGAAAACACUUAGAGAGCAUAUGAGGAUUCAUACGAAUGACAAGAGGUUUAUUUGUCCGGUGUGUGGAAGGGCCUUUACGCAGAAAUGCACGUUGAAGGGGCAUCUGAAAGUGCAUGAGAGAAAGGUGGAGAUAGAUGAGAAGGUUGUGCAGCCGUUGCAUUCUAUUUGAACGGCUGAAAGACUUUAAUUAUGAGUCUGAGGUAAAAAAAUAUUAAAAACCCGCCGCCAUCUUGAAGUUUUGCAUUAUUAGUCGGAUCGUGUUGAAAAAUAAUCACAACAUAAUCUCGUUAGGCUUUGCCGCAGUCAGGAAGAAAACUGUGAGGUCCUGUAACUUUAAAAUUGUCAGAAUUGCAAUAUACCGUUAAUGCAUUUUCGUGAAACUGAAAUGAAAAAUGUAUGAAUUUUAUGAGAUGAGUUUUUCUGUUCCGGUAAUCUGUUAAACAAAAGUUCCUUUAUGCAGUCCUUCUGCUAAUGCUAAAAACGUUGUUAUAAGUAAACGGGACCAAGCCGUUUAAAAACCAAUUUUACCAUGCUAUAUAUAUAUCAAUUAAUCUCUUGCUGCAAAAAACUACUUAAAGAUACCAUCCUAUCUCUCCCUUAGUGUUUGAAAUAGUUAUUUUUUACUCUCUGGUUGAUAUGUUGGUUUGUGUCUUAUAUAUAUAUAUAUGUAUAUGUAAUUUCUUAAUGUGCUUGUUUAUUUACCUAAAUAGUGUAUUUGAAAAUAGACUUAAUAACGUUUUUUUGCAACACCUACUCUUUUUGAUUGUUUUGUUUCCGCUACCCAAAGGUUGUCUGGAAGAGAUCGCUCUUUAGCGAUAAGACAGGUGUGCGAAUAAAGGGUAGUCUAUCUAUAUAUUUUAUAUAGUACAAUUAAAGAAAAAUAUAUAUAAAAAAAUGACCUGCCUUCUUUGCCACCCGCGUGACAUAAACGGUUACAUAAAUUGGAACCUUAAUACUAUUACGAUGGUUGAUUUUUUAAAGACAUUGUCGCUUGAGCAGGUGCCGUCAAAACGGGAGCAGACCGCUCUGUAUUUAAAAGAAACAAAGGCUUGUUUGACAGAUUAGGCCCCGAGCCGAAAAAAGCCGAAAGGGAUAGUGCCAUACAUUAGAAAGGUUUUUUUUAAAUAUUUUCUUUCUAAUGUAUGGCACUGAAUGAUUCGAUGAUGAUAAUGGGAUGAUUCGUCCCUGAAUCGCUGUCAAACUUCGGUCUUGUCGGAAGAGUCAUUUCUGGACGGUAGUACUAUUAUUUAUUCUGUGGUGUGAGUAAGGUACAUUUAGCGAGGCCCUCUAGUGGCGCAAGAAAUAACGAAUAAAUGUUUACAUUGCGUCCGAGUUAUUACGCAAGGCCUAUUCCACGAGGGCGCAGGCGGUCGCCUACGCCUAGCGCCGCCUCUGCGAAAAAAUCAUCUCAGAUAAUUCAUACUAUACACAGAGUGUUUUCAGUGAAUAGUAAUAAGGGAACCAAGUUUAAUGUUAGGUGUAACAGAUGGGUUGUAUUUAUAACGAUAUAAAUAAAAUGUAGUAUAAGUAUAAUUUUCAAAUAA